UUAUCAUCUGCUUUUAGCUAGCAAAAAUCAAAACAAAAAAAAAAGUAACCAUCUGCAUCCCAAAUUUAUAUCAAAAGAAUGCAAAAAAAAUUGGAUACUGACCAAACCAAAUUCAUCACACGUGCAAAAAUAUAAAGGGUCAAAUGUAAUAUAUGAGGGAGAUUUAGAUUAUGUACGUAAUAUUGGUAGGAAUUACUUUAGUUUGAUCCAAAUUAGGGAAAUCCAAGGACACAUGCAUAUAUACAUAUACCAAGUGGUGUGCAGUGUGUGGGUAUGAGAGUGAGAGAGGGCUAUGAAGAGAGGAACAUGUGAAGGCAUUAAGAGAUGGUGGGGUUUGUAUUGAUGUCUUGUUCUUGGAAUGGAGCCACAUGGUAAGAGGGACUCUCAAAGCACCUAUCUUAGGGGUAGUUGUGAUGCAGCCAAAUAAGAGCCUUUGCAUGUGACUCCAUGUGUUUUUUCCUCCCUCGCCUUUUUUAUAUUGCCUUCUUCUUCUCUUAUAUAGAAUCUAUAUAAUUACCUUCAUGUAAUAUAUAUAAUAUUCUUUAUUGGGAUAUUCUACAUCCUUGUCUUUUUCGCUUAUACUUUGAAAACAAUAAAAGAAUAUUAUUACAUUCUUUCAAUAGUUUUAAGAUUUUUUUUUUAAGAAAUAGUUUUAAGAAAAUAUUACAUAUUUGUUUUCUUGUAUAUGAAAACAUAUUACCUCAUAUAUGUAUAUACAACGAAAACUAAUUUCAAAAUAUGAUCCACAAAAUUACUUUUACAUCAUCAGCCAAUGUUACAUACAAACAAACCUAGGACCCACUCUUAUCUUUCUCUCUUUCACAUAUUCUAAGUUUGCUAUAUAUGUAAGCUUAUCCCUUUAAACUUUCCUUUGUAGCAAGAAUAACUUUUUCAUAUGGAGAGGCAAAUCAUGAACAACAAGAAACGACUAUUCUCUGUUGAACCAACCAAACUAUCCCCUAGUGAAGUUUUCACAAGGAAAUACACAAGCCACUUAGUUCCUGCACUCAAGAAGCUCAACAUGGACAAGAACCCUUCACCAAUCAACCAACUAACCGUGAAGCAUGAAGUAGACAAGGCUUUGGCUUUGUCUGCUCAAGAAUUUGCAUGGAGCGGUUUCUUGCUACAGAAGCUAUCCUCCUCGAACAAUCCAACCACUACUACAAGUUCUUCUUCCAAUGGAACUCGGAUUCUAGAAGGAGCCUGUAAAGAAGACGAAGAUGGAGAGAUAGAGGAGAAACUGAGUGAACUACAGAAGCUUUUGCCAGGUGGAGAAGAGAUGAAUGUGGAAGAAAUGUUGAGUGAGAUUGGCAAUUACAUUAAAUGUCUUGAGUUACAGACGAUUGCUCUUAAGUCGAUUGUUCAAGAUACUACUUGAAUUUUAGUUUUUGCCUCUGUAUAAUUUUUAGUUUGUUUUUAUGUUUUGUCUUUAAACUAAAGUCAUCUAUGUCUGUUUUAAUUCUCUCAUUUUCUUUAAGAACGAGAGCAUAUGUAUUAAUAUUAUAGUGGUUUUAUUUUCUUCUCUUAUGGUUAAUGAAUAAACAAUUGUGUGAA